UUGCGAAGGGGCCUAUUGUUUCUGCUCAUUUGCACGCUCUCUAGGACAUGUUCCACCGCAAAUUAUUCGUCCAUUUUAUCAAGGUUACCAGAUAUGCUACAGCAUUUGUGUCCAGGUGCAAAAGUGUGUCGUGAGAACCAAACAAUGCAAGCGCAAGAAAGGGAAUUUUGGCCCGGACAGACCAGCUGUUGUACCGAAUGUUCUUGUGGAUCUGAUUGUAAAGAAAACGGAAAUUGUUGUUUCCCAACAAUGCAGUCCUACACCAGCGAAAAUGAGGACUACGAUCAUGUGUUACAAAACAAGCGUGUCUGUCUUUACCCUACUACCCUUGAUCUGCAAGAAAAACAAAAGGUGUCUUUUCAAUCUUACUACAUGAUUUCGUCUGUUUCAAGUGACAUAGAAAACAAUUCAAGUUCGUCUUGUGGGGAUACACCUGUGGCAUUAUGGGGUAGCCUUUUCCCUGUUUACUCAGCAAAACGAAAUCAGAUAUACAAGAACAUUGCUUGUGCAACUGCAGAUGGUGUCACAGAUGGUCGGUCAUGGGAGGUUCUUCUUACAUGCAGGGCUGACCGUGAUGGCAGAUCAAUGCUUUUAGAGCCAAAUGAUUAUGUUUAUCGUGUAGUAAAUUCUGAUUUCAACUAUAAGAAUUGUCACAUAAGUUUCAUUUUCAAAGGAAGUAUGGAAGAGAUAAAACACCUACAAUGUCACAGAGACGUAACAGAUGUUUGUCCCGAUUUUGGAUUGUUUCAAAUAACUGACGAUAUUGGGUUUUCUGAGAAAGAAAUAAUUGAGGGCUGCACAAGUGGGCUUGUUUCGCCAUAUAGAAUGGAAAAAAUGUAUGCGAAUGUUUUUUGCCAUAUAUGUAACAAGGAGAGAUUUAGAAUGAAUGUAACGUGCCCAGUAAUAUCGUCCGCUUUGGCCCUCCGCGGACCACUUACGACAAGUUUCUCAGGAAUAAUUGAUGCCGAGAUUUUUCUCAAGAAAAGUCGCACAAACGUGGAUGUGAUUAAACCGAAAACUCCUAUAGCCUGCAGCAAACAAAAUGUAAGUGUAGAAGAGAACAUUAAUAUGUACUGAUAAAAACGAAUAACUACUCUGUCAGCCAAACCGGCAUUAUUUCAACAUGUCACUUUUGUUGCUAAGAUUUAUUGAAGAUUUUAUCAUUUUUAUGUCUAAAUGGCUAUCGUAAUCCUCUAUACUUCUGUUGGACGUAGGUAGAUUUUUAUAUCAAUCUAGCCAAUAAAUAAGCGGACGUUACAUCAAGUCCCCACACUUAUUUCCCUUGAGAAUUCCUUACCCAAUGAUUAGAAUGGCGGAGUAAGUUCCUAGGUGUUUUAUCCGGGUGUUAUGUCAAGCACAAUCUCCAUCCUUACUCAUGUUAGCUGGCAGGGCCGAGUUGUUAACUUAAAGUCUUAAAAACACUUGCUCCUACCGAUAUUGGUUUGAACCUCGCUUGGGGCGUUGAAUAUGUGAAAUGAGGAAGCCAUCAAAUUGACCUAUGGUUGGUCGGUUGUUCUACCUACUAGUAGGUUCCCAUACGUGAUGUAAUUAUGCUCUUAUGAGUGCCUGGGGUCUUCAUCCACCAUGAAAAGCUAAAAACAUCAUUUUAUAGUUGCUUGAAAUGAAAAGAAAGAUAUUGAUGCAUACAUGUAAUUGAGUUUUUUUUUUAUAAAAUAAGAUAACGAGGUGAUUUCAGAGCAUUUUGAGACUGAAGACUAUAUACCAAAUCCUGUGUUAAGCGCAUGGUUUACACUAGUCCCUCAAACUGUUUACCCUUCAGGGAAAUGCACUUUCCAUCCGGGCCUGAAAGCCACAGAGUAGUCUGACAAUAGUAUACUUUGGAUACAGUAAUGCAUUGUGCUACCAAGGGCGCGUUUGUAAUUGUAGACAGUAAUUUCUUCAGCAAAGAAAGAAAAGUACCACGGUCUUAAGUCGGACGUAUAUUUGCUUGACCUGCUGGUCCAGUAAAUACUGUUGUACAAUAUUGCCUUGUGAACAGAUGCAUUGUCAUGAAUUCCGGGAACACUGGGAAUUUACAAAACAAUGCAACGACACAGAUCUUGGAGAGUAGAUUCUCUCAUAUCAAAUAUUCUUAUCCAUUAAUAAUCAGCGGCUUUGGAUGGGGGAGGAAACACAAACAUUUUCAAAUUCUUAAAGACUGUUGAGUCUAUUUUCUUUAAGGUAUUGAAAAUCAUUUCAUUACAGAAUAGUUCCAGGCUUGUUCCCCCCAAAAAAGAAACAAUAAAAAGAAAAAAAAAGAAAAAAAACAACCAAAAAACAGACGAUGUGACAAACAAAAUAAUUGAAAUGUUGACGUCACAUGUUUCUAGUAUGUUAGGUACUGAAUCCUUUCUUCAGCUAAGUGCUCUUUAUUUUGAUAAAAUACCGAUCAAAUAAUCAAUAGUGUAUCGACCAAAGUAUUCAGUUUAGGUAAUAUUUUGUGUCCCGAAUAUGCUCCAUUUAGCAUUCAAUUUGGUUCUUUUUAUGUAAGUUAGGUAAAAUAUCUUAUGUACAGUAGACUGUUUACUUUAAGAGUAUAAAGAAUAUACGUGUUUUUUGAAAUUCCUGGGAGAAUUUAAGACUAGAUUAAAACUGUUUGGUACAUUUAAAUUGAUUGAAAGCAUAGACAUUGUAUUCUUUUGGACUAAAUGUUGUCAGUUAGUCGCAUUCUCAUUCAAAUUAAUUAAUUUGCAUAUAUCUUUAUUAAAAUAAGAUACUUCUUAUGACAGGCUAGUGUCUCAGCGUUAUUUCAAAACCUAUUUUGUUUCAUUUGUCAACAAAACUGAUUAAGAAAUGAUAUAUUUUUGAUUUCUCAUUCUGCAA